AUGAAUACUGUUGGCUUUACUAGCCACCACACUUGCUACAAACUGAGAGCCAUAAAAAAUGAAUUGCCAGUGAGCACACCAUAUGGUUUGAGCCGUUAUGCUGACUAUCAGAGUGCGAUAGUCGUAGGCAUCAAGAGAAGAAAGAAGAAGACAUUGAGUGUACAGAUGAAUGAUGCCAUUGAUAUUCCAGUUGGGAAAAUGGGUGGAAAAGAUCAAGUCUCAAACUCGUUUCUUUUGGUGACAUUCAAAAAAGAAAUGCAAUUGGUUCACACAAAGAGCAGAACACAAGCAACAGAAAGGAGAAAUCAGCAAGUCUGGAAGGAUAUGGACGCAUCCCCAAAGAGUUUUCCACCAGACUGUAGGGCAAUGAUGAGAUACAUCAAACCGCCAAAAAAGGCUCCAGGCAGGUGCUGGGGCAGAACAACUGGCAAAUACGAGUUUGGACACAAGAAAGGUUAUCCAAGAAAUAUUUCUGUAAACGUUCAGUCUCAUCCAGCACAAAAGUGUUGGAUACAAAGAUAUGUUUAA